AUGGUGACAGGGGGGACUACAUACAGCGACGCACACGUCAUGAAGAAGCGUGUGAGAAUGCUAUGUCACAUGGAUUAGUUUAUAUCUUUUAUUGAGAUGUAACUCUGAGUGUCUUCGUUUAACAACUUUCCUGCCAAGUGUUAGAGGGCCCAGCAAGUGGCGUGUGUUAUUUUGAGACCACUGUUUCUGUAUUUUCGCAGUUGAAGUAAGGUAGGGGUUAUCACGCAGCUAACCUUUGCUAGCUAAUGUAAGCUAGCCAGUGUCCACAUAAAUUGAAUGGGGACGUCUGUUGACCUUGCGAGCAAAUUCGCAGUGGUCAUCAUCAUUUGUAGUAGCUACUUGCAAAAUUUAACAUUCUGUGGUGGCUGUAUAGUUUGUAACUCUAACUGAGUAAUGCGUACUUUCCGAUUUGUAUUUGUUAGUUCGUAGCUAUUUGCUGAAAUUAAGGACGCUGCAGUCCCUUAUAUGCUUUACACUUUUUAGCAUCUUCUAAGUUUUUCGUGAGAACAAUGUCUGUCUGGGUGACAACGGAGGUCAUGAGAAGGAGCCUGCGCUUUUGCAGCCGCAGGUCUUUUUGGCAGCAGCGCAGUUUCCCGGUGACAGCAUCAGUCAAAGACGCAUCUUUCUCCGGUCAACAGUUGGCACACAUUUGGAGCACUAGGCAAAGCCAGGCGUCCAUGGUUCGGAGUCUUGUCGGGUCAGAGAGGUUUUACUCGCAGGAUAAGUUUUACAGUGAGGAGCACUUGGAAGCCAAAGAGCAUCUCUCGUCUCCAGGGACAGAGUCUUCGCUUCCCGCAGAGACAAGUCGAGGACACACGGGGUUCGCUUUUAAUGACCACUUGUCGCAAUGUGGCUCCCCAUCGGACGUGUUAGACCUCACCUGUCGAUACGCACCCACGAUUCGACAGGUGAGCAACUGCCUGAGCCACAUGAGUUCGACCAUUAAGAAGAUGUCAGUUGAGCAGCAGCGCUAUGAGCUGCAGCUGAUGUUCGAGCAUCCUGCAUUUGACAGGCUACUGCAGACGGCCAUUAAAAGUGUGGGACACAUGAGCAACGAGGACGUUGCUUACUCUCUUGUGGGUCUUGUCAGACUGGGAGUUCCCCAAAGUAGCCGUGUGGUCCAGACUUUCCUCCGGGUCUGCCAGGAGAAACUGAAUAACUUUGAUGAAAAGGGACUGUCCAUCUUAGCCAGCUGUCUGACAAACAUGGAGGACACCCCCAACGUCGCCACACAGAAGGAGGGCAUGAGGCUGCUAGUCGAGGCCCGUCUUCCCACGAUCAAGAAUGUAGUGGCUCUCCAAACCAUGAUGCGUGUUUUGGGGAAAGACGUCCCACUGUACCUCAAACGGAAACUAGAGAAAAAGGCUUUAUCAAUGACAGACCAGUUCACCCUUCCCAAUACCAAGUACAUGAUCUCUACUAUGGUCACAAUGGGCUUCUACUCUAGACCACUGCUGGAUGUCUGCAGUGGUAAGAUCAAAGAAAACCUCCAUGUGUUCCCCUUCAACAGCUUGUUAACAAUUCUGAAGUCUUAUUGGGAGUUGCGCUACAGAGACCUCUCACUGCUCACUGACAUUUCAGACUAUGCCGCCUCUAUGAUAGACAUAUGGAACAACAAACAGUUGAUCCUCAUCCUGUCUUCAUUAGAGAAACUCACCUUCUGUCCCGAUGCAUUAAUGGAGGCAUUUGCUCAGAAGGUGAUCGCCAAUCCAGACGCUCUGACACUGAAAGACCUCCUCUUUGUCCUCAAAGUGUACUCCUUUUUUAACUAUGACCUGCAACACCAAAGGCAACGGUUUUUGGAUAGUCUCUGUCAAGUUCUGGACUCUUAUCUGCCCAAGAUGUCUGGGAUUGAGUUGUUAAGAUCGGUAUACUACCUGUGUCUAAUGGGCCACUUCCCCUCUGGACCAUUGCAGCAACUUCUGGAGAGCAGUACACUAGAGCAGUUUAGGACUACGGAGCCCAGCCGUCUCCACAGAGACGAGAAAAUGUUUCAGACAGUCCACUUGUGCCUCAGUCUCGACCGUCCUCCGCUCCCCGUUGCUCUGACUGUACCCCCGUUUGUCCUGGGAGAUCCCGUUUUCAGCAGUUCAUCAGUUAACCUGUGGCUCACGCAGAGCCUGCAAAGUGUGUUGCAGGACCAGGGAGAUGUAACUCUACAGGAGAACGUGGUGGCGGAGAACUUCUACUUCAUUGACGGUGUGAUAACCAAACCUCUGCCAAACCAAACCUCUGUGACUGAAGCGAGCAGUCAGGCAGGAGAAGAGUCCUCUCCAGCAGGGAGCAGUCAAAGAAUCGCAGUAAUUUGCCCACCACAGCCUUUUUGCUUCGGUACGUCCAAACCCUGCGGUCCUCUGGCCGUUGAGAUUCGCCAUCUGAAGAUCCUGGGAUACGACCAUGUCUUGGUAGUGGAGCGGGAGCUGCAGUCCAUGUCUGAGAACGUGAGGACGGAGUCCCUCAGGAGACAGAUUUUUCCAGAACAGCACGGAUCGGACCCACAACCCGAAACGGAGCGACUGGAGUCUUUGAGAUGGAUUUCCCUGUUUUAAUGGAUGCCAAGGGACUGACUCAGUAGUGUGCGUCAUCAACAUGAGCACAUGGAUUUUGUUGUGCUGUUCAGAGCUUUGUAAACAAUACAGAAGAAAUGGAUAUAUAUAUGAAAGCAUUUAAAUAAAAGUGAUCACAGGAAAUGAUUUAAAUUUCAA